AGUACGCAAACACACCCGUUAGUAUUUAUGUAAACACAUCAACCCUCGCUUGCAGCAUGGUUACGUCCUAUCACGUGACCCGAACUGACCAAUGAAAAUCCAAUAAAUCCACUUACCGUCCUCAUUCCUCCAUUAGACUUCUUCUAUAAUGUCGAUCGCAUUUUUCACGGUUUCAUUUCUUUCCCCUUUUUUCAUUCAACAACUAAUUAAAUGGUAACACCCAGUUUAACGUUAUUAGUUUCAUACACGACUGACUUCUCUACAGUUCUCUACCAAUUCCCACUGGCAGGGUAUCUUUCAAUUUAACGCUAGCACCAGCGACGACUAAAGAUUACAGUAUAUUGUUUAUAGCAACUGGUCAUGCCACGAACACCAGAUGCGAAAGAGCUGUCAGAUUUUCAAAGAGGACGUAUUGUGGGUCAGUCUGAUAGUGGACGUAGCCAGCGUAAGAUUGCACAAAACCUUGGAAUUCCUCUUGCCACAGUCAACAGAGUGAUUGUCCAGUUCACCAGCGAAGGAAAGGAGUCAACCGCCUCCCGCUCAGGUCGACCUGGGCCCUCUGAUAAGUGUCUUCAGACUGUUAAAAAAAUUGUUGAAAGUAACCCCCAUUGCAAGGCAGCUGAUGUUGCAGAACAACUUCAAAAGAGUCGGAGAACUUCUGUGAGGUAUCUUCAUCAACUUGGUUACUACGGUAAAGUAGCCAGAAGGAAACCUUCUUUGACCCACAGAUAUCCAAAGGAUUGGACAAAUAAAAUGGUAGAGAAAGCCAAAUGGGUUAAAACAUUAAAACCUGCAGAAGAAAUGUCAACUACAUCCUAAAUGAAUUAUUUAAACGCAUCAGAUAACAUUAUUUUCUUUCUUGAAAUUAAAUCCUUCAAAAAAAAAAAAAAAA